AUGGCAGCCUCCAGGGUGGCAGGGUCCGAGUCCGAAGACCUGGAGCAACGGAUCCACCACAUCAACAAUGAGUCUUUGGAAAGUACCAGGCGGAUGUUGCAGCUGGUAGAUGAGAGCAAGGAUGCCGGGAUUCGAACUCUGGUUAUGCUGGAUGACCAAGGGGAGCAGCUGGACCGCAUUGAGGACGGCCUAGACCAGAUUAUCCAAGACAUGAAGGAAGCCGAGAAGAACCUCAGCGACAUGGCCAAGUGUUGCGGCCUUUUCGUCUGCCCCUGCGCCAAGUUAAAGAACAUGAAGGCCAUGGAGGCCAGUAAGGCAGCCUCUGGCAAUGCCCAGGAUGUGGUGUCACAGCAGCCCAUCAUGAUGACCGCUGGGACACAGAUGACGAUGAGUGGGCCUUUCAUCCAGAGGAUAAUGAAGGACGACGUGGAGGAAGAGCUGGAGCAGAAUUUGACCCAGGUGGACAGUAUGCUGAGCAACCUGCGUAGCAUGGCGGUGGACAUGAGCAACGAAAUUGAUGUCCAGAGCAAGCAGGUGGAGAAUAUCAAAGAGAAGGCCAUUGCCAAUGUGAUCAGCAUCAACGAAGCCAACAACCAGACCACCAAGAUGCUGAAGAAAGCCUGA